AAAGGAGGAUAAAUUUAUUAAGAACUGGAAAAGGAAAGGGUAUCAGCGAAAGAAAUUAAGCAACUUAGUGAGUCACUCGCUUUGAAAAAUGAAUUGGGAUACCAUCAGCAAAACGCAAACGAGAAUUUACAGCAAUCAAUUUCUUUCCUGCGAGCCAAGAUUUUUCACCAGAAAUAGUCCAACUCUUUCUGCUUCUUCCUCGGUGAGUUAAAUAACAACGUUUUUUCCCAGCUAUGGCAAACAAUUAUAAAGGGCAAUAAGGGAAGAUAACAUUGGAAAACAAAAUUAAAAAGCAAACGCGAUUCAAUCAAAAGCAGAAGCUCCAAAUUGUAGCUUCAGGUCUACCGUGGUUUUGGUGAUGGAAUCGAUUUACAUGGAUGCAAGCCAAACAAGAAAGUUUGCUGUCAAACUGCGUUUGACCACUCCAAAACCACGUUUAAAGGUUUCUACCGGGUAUCCAAACAGACGCUUUUACAAGCUUUCAAUGCUUUUGUUACUUUAUAGUUUUUGUUGACCUUUUUAUUGGUGAAAAGUUCCUGUAGUGUUGAUAUAUAUCCAACAUAAGAUGAAAAUUUAUCUAAAAGUUCUGUUCCCACGUCAUGUAUCCAAAAAUAAAUAAAUAUACACCAAUGGAAGUCUUGAUGUGGUUAUGAAUGUAAACGAUGGCGCAAACAAAAAAUGUGAUGCCACAACCAUUGAUGAUCAUGUUCCUUUUUUGCAAAAGUUGGUAGCAGAAGUGGUGCGAACAUUCUUCUUGAUAUUUGCUGGAUGUGGUUCUGUGGUGGUGAACCUUAACAAUGAUAAAGUUGUGACACUUCCUGGAAUUGCAAUUGUUUGGGGACUUGUUGUUAUGGUAUUAGUCUAUUCUAUAGGUCAUAUCUCUGGUGCCCAUUUCAAUCCCGCGGUCACCAUUGCUCACACUACAACCGGAAGGUUUCCAUUGAAGCAGGUACCAGCUUAUAUAAUUGCUCAGGUCGCUGGCUCAACACUUGCAAGUGAAGCUCUCAAACUCAUAUUCAGUGGCAAGGAAAAUCAAUUUGCAGGAACACUUCCGGCUGGUUUGGACCAUCAAGCUUUUGUGGUCGAAUUUAUUAUCACUUUCUACCUUAUGUUCGUCAUUUCUGGAGUUGCCACCGAUAAUAGAGCGAUUGGUGAAUUGGCUGGACUUGCAGUUGGAUCUACAGUCAUGCUAAAUGUGUUGUUUGCAGGACCCAUCACAGGAGCAUCAAUGAAUCCAGCAAGAAGCUUAGGACCAGCUAUUGUGCACCAUGAAUAUAGAGGAAUAUGGAUAUAUAUGGUGUCACCUAUUCUAGGAGCUUUGGCUAGUACAUGGACCUACACUUUCCUCAGAAUCACAAAUAAGUCAGUUCGUGAGCUCACCAAGAGUUCUUCAUUCCUUAGAGGCAAGGGAGCUGAGUGAUUUAUAAAUGAAAGCAAAUUCUUAAUUGUUCUUUUUAAUAUCAACUUGUAUUGGGGUCCAAGUGUACAAGAAAGAGUCACUACUUUUGGUGUUGCAAGGGAAAUGGGAUGCAAAGUUUCUUCUUAUUUUGUCUCAAUUACCUUUGA